CGCCGAUCGUACGUUAUAUCUUAUAGCGAUCUAGACAUGUACGUAUCGUACGUACAUCUCAUUGAGGAACAGCAAUUCUUUUGCCAAUCUGUAUCACGUCCCUAUACACGAAUGCCUGACACUGGCCAAGCCCUGGAGUGCUUCGUGUGCUACGACGCUGGCAGUGAAGAGAUGCCUCUCAUCCCUUUCGGCUGCAACCGCCAUUACGUCUGCCAGGACCCACAGUCUAUGUGUCUGAAGUUCAUCUUCGAGUGUGCAACGAACAAUGAGUCCCUGUGGCCUGUAAAAUGUUGUGGCACAUUCAUAGAAAUUGGCUACUUCAACGACUACGUUCCGAAGCUCUUGCCAAUCUUGACGUGCCUGCGGUACCAGGCAAAAGGGCAGGAGUACCGUAUGCAUCCCAGAACCCGGGUGUACUGUGCGAACGAAGAAUGCAGAAACUUCCUCCACCCCUACAUCUACUGCUGCACCUUGGAUGGAGUCCAAUUCGCGCGCUGUAUCGACUGUCUCGAUCUCACCUGCACCACGUGCGGAAAGUCGCUCUACGACAGAGCAUGCAGAAUCGCCGGCUGCAUGGAGUGCGAAUUAAGACCGAAUCCAGAGCACUCGGCGCACGCGUGCAAUACGGAGAAGGACGAGUCGUUCCUGGCCUUCUGCAGGGAACACAACUUCAAGCAAUGCGACAGAUGCGGAAACAUGGUCGAGCUCGCCGAUGCCUGCAACCACAUAACCUGCAUAUGCGACUAUGAGUUCUGCUAUAUCUGCGGUAGACGCUGGCUAGGACUGCAUGGAUGCCCAAGAUACGGCCAGCCAGUGUAUGACGACGAGGGUUUCAACCAGGACGGCUUUCAUCGUGACACGGGUCUAAACAGAGAUGGUGCGGCUCGCUUUUGGGACGAAUUGGAGCCAGAAGAUGACGAUGCCGUUGUCGAGGAGCCCCAGGAGGAAAGGGUUUUAGAGGCAUAUGACACCGGGCGUUUUCUUGGCAGAUGGUUGGACGACGGUUACAAUCUGGUAUACAUUGGCGGAGCGGAUCGGUUGGGUGCUCGAGAAGAAGAAGAUGGAGCCGAUGAAGAUGAAGAAUGGGAGACCGAAGAGGAGGGGGACGACGAAAGCGAAGAGGAUGAUGAUUCUGAUGACGAAGAUGAUGAAGAUUACGAGGACGAGGAAGAGGACGCAGAAGAUGAUACUAGGAACUGGCAUGAUCUCUUCGAGGAUCGACCGAUCCGGGAACUCAACCCUACAGUAACCGUUCUUAGAGAGAGACUUGCUCGAUACGACUUAACGCAUGAGCAUCAGGAGUGGGAUGAUGCCUUGGAACAAGCACAAUUCUCCGAUCAUGGUCGGAUUCGCGAGGCUGAAAUCCUAUAUUGGUCCGAUUAAGGUCAGAUUAACGAAGAGGAAAUCCUAUUUUCCUCCGAGUUGCCAAACAGUUCACUGGACGCUGCUAUUUGAAAUACAUCUUAAGUUUGUCCCUUUUCCCAGAUGUUUACGCGAAUUGCAAAGUAGUAGAUCGUAAUGGCACUCUCGUGAUUUUUCUUCCACUGUACUCUAGACCCCUGUAAGAUGGAGAAUGCACUCUAAUUAAAGCCACGAAACGCAACUACAACACACCUUUUAUGACGCCUCAUGUCAUGGAUUCCGGACAUUUCUUAUGAUUCAUAUGACUUGAUAACAUAUCUAUCGGUAGUAGACAC